GCCACAUUUGGCGCUCGCAUUGGCUGUGUUUCGAAUCUCAACCUUUAAAGGAAGAUAAAAAGCUUCUUUCCAGUUAUAGUAUACAUAAUCGUUCCAGAGUAGACUUUAUUAGAAGAUUGCGUGAGCGAAGAAAGUGAUGAGUCUUGUGUGAAAACCGAGCUCACGAAAGCUGAAAAAUGAGUCGCAGAAGACCUCAUGAUGACGACGACGGUUAUGAGCGUGCUCACCGCAAGAGGAGGAGGGUAUCAGAGAACCAAGAAAUCGAGGAUCGCUUGGAGACUCUUAUCCUCCGAAUUGGAGAAAAGAGUACUGCCUCGUUGGAGAGUAAUUUGGAAGGACUAGCAAGUGUACUUGAAGCUGAUUUGGCCAGCUUCAAGGCCAAGAUCCUCCGUAUUCUUUCAGAAUGUGCAAUCAAAAUGCCGGAAAAGUGCACUGUCUAUACCACAUUAGUGGGUCUUCUGAAUGCCAAGAAUUACAAUUUUGGAGGAGAGUUCGUCGAACAUAUGGUCAGGAACUUUAAGGAGGCAUUGAAAAACUGUCGUUGGGACGCCGCUCGAUAUUCUCUUCGGUUUUUGGCAGAUCUAGUAAAUUGCCAUGUUAUUGCUGCAACUUCCUUGAUUCAAUUGCUUGACAACAUGGUUGAUGUUGCUAAAGAGGAGGGUGUCCCCAAUGUCCGCAAAGAUUGGUAUGUUUAUUCUGUCUUAUCGGCCUUGCCAUGGGUUGGCAGAGAAUUAUAUGAGAAAAAAGAAUCUCAACUUGAAAUGCUUCUGGUUAAGAUAGAGGUUUUCCUUAACAAAAGAAGUAAGAAGCACCAUACAGCUUUGAGAGUUUGGUCUCAAGAUACCCCACAUCCUCAGGAGGAGUACCUGGAUUGUCUGUGGGCUCAAGUCCGAAAGCUGCGUCAGGACAACUGGGUUGAAAAACACAUACCAAGACCAUAUUUGGCAUUUGACAGCAUUCUUUGCGAAGCUCUGCAGCACAACUUGCCUACUCUCCUUCCUCCUCCACAUGAUCCUAGCUUUGAGUACCCUAUGCCUUGGGUUGUUUUCCGAAUGUUUGACUACACUGACUGCCCAGAGGGUCCAAUUUUGCCUGGGGCCCAUUCUAUUGAAAGAUUCCUAAUUGAAGAACAUUUGCAUCAAAUAUUAGAAGUGAAUCACCUAGAAAGGAAAGAUUGUGCUGCUAAUUUAUUGAAUUUUCCAUACAAGACAAAGAUUCCUUUGGAAUAUUCUAUUGUGGAAAUUAUUUUUGCUGAGUUAUUCCACAUGCCCACUCCUCGUUACCUUGAAAUCUGCUAUGGUUCCAUUCUUAUUGAACUGUGCAAGCUGCAGCCUAGUACAAUGCCGCAAGUUCUAGCCCAGGCAACAGAAAUUCUUUUCAUGCGCAUAGAUACCAUGAAUGUUACAUGCUUUGAUAGAUUUGUUGCAUGGUUUUCUUAUCACUUAAGCAACUUCCAAUUCCGUUGGUCUUGGGAUGAUUGGGAUUUCUGUCUUCAGCUUGAUCUGGAGCACCCCAGACCAAAAUUUGUCAAAGAGGUGCUGCAGAAGGCUUUACGCCUCUCAUAUUAUCAGAGGAUAAAAGAAAUCAUGCCAGAAGUUUAUGAACCACUGUUGCCUCCAAAGCCAGAGCCAGAUUACAAAUACACCCACGAUAAUGCUGCGUCGCUCCCCGGCACGACGGCCGCCCAUCAGAUGGUGGUGGCGGUGCGGCAGAAGUGCACCCCCGAGGAGGUCCUCAACGUCCUGGCCGACCUGCCCAACCCCCGGCAGGACGCCGAGGUGGAGGGCGAGGGCGCCUUCAACCCCCUCAAGAUCGACGUGUUCGUGCAGACGCUGCUCAACUUGGGCUCCAAGAGUUUCUCGCACUCGUUCGCCGCCAUCGGCAAGUUCCACUUCAUCUUUAAGUCUCUCGCCGAGUCUGAGGAGGCCCAGAUCUGCAUCCUGCGAAAUCUCUUCUCCUUGUGGAAGAACCACCAGCAAAUGAUUUGUGUGCUGAUUGAUAAAAUGCUCAAGCUGCAAAUUAUUGAGUGUUCUGCCGUUGCUAACUGGAUCUUUUCAAGAGAGAUGCAGUCAGAGUUCACCAAGGUGUAUAUAUGGGAAGUCCUCCACCUGACCAUCCGAAAAAUGAACAAACAUGUUUCAAGACUACAGAGGGAACUGUCAGAAGCAAGGGACAAAAUUCGUAGACAUGACAGUGAUAGUGAGAGCGAGGAUGACAGGAAGCGAAGGAGGGAAGACCAUGAUGAGAAAGAUAAGCCAUCAGAAGAAAUGGUUGAGCGAAUGGAAGAAAAGCUGGAAGCUGCCCAAGCUGACCAAAAGAAUCUUUUCCUGAUCAUUUUCCAGAGAUUUAUCAUGAUUUUGUCUGAGCAUCUUGUCCGAUGUGAUACCGACAACAAAGACUACAACACCUUCUGGUACAAAUGGACCAUUGGCCGUCUUCAACAAGUAUUCCUUGCUCAUAAUGAGCAAGUCCAGAAGUACAGCUCUACACUUGAAACCCUGCUCUUCACACAAGACUUAGAUUCACAUAUCAUGGACGUAUUCCAUCAGUUCACAUCACUGAGGUCAUAGUUUUGCAUUCCUACUUGUGUGGUUUGUUUCCAAAGUGACAUUUAAAUUCAUAUAAAAUAAAAAUGAAACAUCUUGCUCUCAAAGUCAAAUUAAUUGAGAGAGAAUUAUUUGUAAAUAUUA